AUGCCUCGACAAACCAUCAAGAAAAUUGCCGUCAUAGGAGAAGGAGCUUCGGGUAUUGCGGUAGCCAGACGUCUCAUAGCCGAAGGGCUAGAGGUUACUGUUUAUGAAAGAAAAGACCAGGCUGGCGGCGUCUGGAUGCUCACCGCUGACGCAGAUGAUGCAUAUGUAUCCCCGAUGUACGAAAACCUCGAGACCAACUUCCCACGCACGCUCAUGGACGACGGACUCCCGGUACAGUAUAACAAGGAAGUGAUUGGUCUGUACUACCAAGACAAGGGAAAUUGGUACGAUUGGAAAAUCAAAAUUAACGAUGUGCAGUUGGGAAAGGACCAGUACGAUGACGUAGACGCUAUAGUGAGUGCAGUCGGCACAUUCGAGAAGCCGUUUGAGCCAGCAUACCCGGGGCUGGACCGGUGGCACCAGAUGUAUCCUGAGACUGUCUCACACGCGAGAUCAUAUCGGACAGCUGAAGAGUUUAGUGGAAAGAGGGUUCUUGUGGGCAAUUCGGCCUCUGGGUGGGAUAUCUCCCACCAGCUGGCCGAAGUUGCCAGCAAAGUGUGGGUUUCUUCCGCAAGGACGAACGCCAGGAGCCACCACAAGAUUGAAGCAGUCGGCGAGAUCGAGAGUCUAUCACCUACGAAGCGAAAAGUGAGGUUUGUGCACGGCAUUGUGGCCAGAGACGUUGAUUAUAUCGUUCUCUGCACCGGGUACCAAUACAGCUUGCCUUUCGCCAGAAAAAGCAAGAAAGCUAGGGGGCCAAUCUGGCCAGACGGCUUUCGCCUUGAUAACCUAUACGAGCAUAUGUUCUGGACAGUAGAACCAACGCUGAUACUUGUGGGGGUUCCCAAAGGCGGCCCAACGAUUCUCAUCGCCCAAGCGCAGAGCGCCCUCAUUGCUCGAUAUUUAGCCUGCCGUUGGUUCGUGCCUACCAAGGUUGACAUGCGAAGAUGGGCAGAUCAGGACCAGGGUCAAUGGACCGCGUGA